UCUCUCCUAGGGCACCAAUGCCUCUGCUCUGGAAAAAGACAUUGGCCCAGAGCAGUUUCCAAUCAAUGAGCACUACUUCGGAUUGGUCAAUUUUGGGAACACAUGCUACUGCAACUCCGUGCUACAGGCCUUGUACUUCUGCCGGCCAUUCCGGGAGAACGUGCUGGCGUACAAGGCCCAGCAGAAGAAGAAAGAGAGCCUGCUGACGUGUCUGGCUGACCUGUUCCACAGCAUCGCCACGCAGAAGAAGAAGGUGGGCGUCAUCCCGCCCAAGAAGUUCAUCUCACGGCUGAGAAAGGAGAAUGAUCUCUUCGAUAACUACAUGCAGCAGGAUGCUCACGAAUUCUUAAAUUAUUUGCUAAACACUAUCGCGGACAUCUUGCAAGAAGAGAAGAAACAGGAAAAGCAAAAUGGGAAAUUAAAAAAUGGCAACAUGAAUGAGCCUGCAGAGAGUAACAAGGCAGAGCUUACCUGGGUCCACGAGAUAUUUCAGGGGACACUCACCAAUGAGACGCGCUGCCUGAACUGUGAAACCGUGAGCAGUAAAGAUGAGGACUUCCUGGACCUCUCUGUUGACGUGGAGCAGAACACCUCCAUUACCCACUGUCUCAGAGACUUCAGCAACACAGAAACGCUGUGUAGUGAACAAAAAUAUUAUUGUGAAACAUGUUGCAGCAAACAGGAGGCCCAGAAGAGGAUGAGAGUGAAGAAGCUUCCCAUGAUCCUGGCCCUGCACCUGAAGCGGUUCAAGUACAUGGAGCAGCUGCACAGGUAUACCAAGCUGUCCUACCGUGUGGUCUUCCCCCUGGAGCUCCGGCUCUUCAACACUUCCAGCGACGCAGUCAACCUGGACCGCAUGUAUGACCUGGUUGCUGUGGUCGUCCACUGUGGCAGCGGUCCCAAUCGUGGGCAUUAUAUCACCAUCGUGAAGAGUCACGGCUUCUGGCUCUUGUUUGAUGAUGACAUCGUAGAGGUGGGUGUUCGGACUUUCCCCAUGGGCCUGGUGUAGCUAGUAUGUGGGAGGGUGUAAAAUAGAUGCUCAAGCUAUUGAAGAAUUCUAUGGCCUGACAUCAGAUAUAUCAAAGAACUCAGAAUCUGGAUAUAUUUUAUUCUAUCAGUCGAGAGAAUAACUUGCAGAACUGAGAGACUGACGCCAGUGGGGAGAGCGUUCAAAGCACUGUCUCCUGGUUUCCCUGCAGCCCCUCCCGCCGUGCAACGGCACCCCUCCGAGUCCCAUGGUCGGCUGUGCUGGCCUCUCUCCCUUGUUGUUUUGCCCGCAGCACUACUUGGUUUUAUUUCUGUCUGAGGUAGAGUUCAUUGCAAUCAGAUUGUAGUAAGAGUUCUGUGAAUAACCGUUGCUAUUGUUAAGAAUCGGGUGCAAGCUGGCCACCCGCUAUGUCUGGCUGAAUGGGAGUGACAUUCCUGGGAAUGUCUACAGUCUUCCCUGGGUGUUUGCUGAGCUCCUUAGCGGCUCCCAGGGUCUCCUUACGAUGCAUUCCUUGAACUUGUCCCUAGAAGCGUUGCUACCCGUUUCAGCUCCUCUGCCUCCUAUCUGACACCAAGACAGAGGCCUGGGUAGACGUCCCCCUUCAGGGCUGCACCUAUAGCUUUAAGUUUGUGCAAGUGCGAAUGUUUGAGAAUGAGUCAUCUUGACCCUGAGUGCCACUCCCAGUCGGUCAGGUGACAGGGAGCUGUUGGUGGCCGUCAGUGGCCGUCAGUGGCUGGGGUCUGCACAGGGCUGUGCUCACCUACCUGGUCGGUAGCAUUCCGGGGCUAAGAAGAUGUGGUGCUCAGGGCAGGCGGAGCCGGGAGGGGGCGUUUCUGCUGACGUGAAAAGUUACUUUUCUUACCUUUCUACCAAAACCAAGUUUCAGGAAAUGAACCCAGUGCUGUUUCUUCUUGGCACCCCUUUUCUCCCAUCGGGUCCCAUGAGUUGAACAGACCUGAACUUUCCAGGGCAUCUUUCCAGCCCUGCAGUGUCUGGGGCGGAGCUGCGGGGCUGGCCCAGCUCUCCUCUGUCUAGCCUCACUCAGGCCCUGCGUGAGGGGCCAUCUGCACGUGCAGCCAAGUGAACCCACAUCCCGUCUGCUCCCGAGGUUCCUGCCACCCCAGCACUGCAGGUUCCCCUGCCACAGGGGACGCUGGUCAGCUGGGUAUGCAGGCAGCUCAGAGGAAGUGUGGGGGCAGAUGUGGUGGGACAAAACAGGGCGAUUUCUUUGGCUCAGACUCCUAGGUUGCUCGACAGGACGGAGUGUUUUGGAAGAAACUCAUCUCACUCUAGUUCCUUCUCCUUUUCACUUUUGUUACAUAUGUAUUUAUUAGAGCCUUUGAGCGUGGGUACCUUUUAUUAAAGGGUCAAUCUGGUGUUUGCCGUUGAGCUGGUUGUCGAGUUGCAGACCGUGACUCCCGUACACUACAAUAUACUGUGAACAUGUCCCUUUGUUACCUGACACAUCCGCUAACGAACGUGCAGACUUGUGGCAUAAUGUGAACCCAGAACGAAGUGGGAAGUGUUGGCGGGCCCUUUUGCAGCAUUGACGAGGAUAGCACUUUAUCGAAAUGAAAACUGGAUUUCUUAUCUUUGGAAAAUCUUGAACUGUAUUGCUCAGAACUUAAGUAAGCAUGCCAACAUUUCAUUUGUUCAUGCUUGAAGCGAAAUGUUUUACUUUUCACUGGAGAAGACAAAACAGGGUGAUCUUCAUGUGAUUGUUUUAUACAAGUGAUGAAAAUGUUCCUUGCCUUGUUUAGAGGCACAUUCAUAUUUAUAAAUAUUUUGUCUUUUUUCCUCCAUGAAACAUGCAGUGAUCACUUACCUGGAAGGUGAGUCUUUAUUCUUUUUUUAAGGAGAGGCACUUUCCAAUUGAAAGUGACUGGUAUGGGGAAAUGUUUGUACUAUAUACAACUCAUAUAUUUGACUGCAAGUUACAAAGUUUAAGAGAAUGAUGAUUGGUCUCUAAUAUAUUUGGAUCUGAUUCAUAAGAAAACUAUUAAAAUUAUCUUUGAAAUGAC